GUAACGGAUCCGGAACUGUUGAAACUGAUCCAAAUCAAAGAGUUUCACCACUUUUCGCACCGGCCAUACAUUAUUCCCGGUGGUAUAUACAGGAACUGGAAAUAUCACCAAAUGGUAACUCGCGUGGAGUCGUUUCGGUGGAAGAAGAUGCGGACAAUACUGAGCCCGUGGUUCAGUUCAUCGCAACUCAAGUCAGUCGUCCCCAUAAUCAACGUCUGCAUCGACCAUAUGAUGGCCAAACUGCAGGACAACGCCGGCGACGGACACGACUUCAACAUCUACUCGCUUCUGGAGGGCCUCACGAUGGACACCAUCGACAGGUCGGCCUUCAGUAUACGCACCGACAUUCAGGACCAGUUUGAGGGCAACCCUCUGAUUGAGGCCACGAGAGGCGUCUUCUCCAUCAAGCCGUCCGACUUCUUGGCCUCACUAUUGCUGUGUUUA